UGUAACCAUUGGCAACCCAGCGGUUCCCAACCCACUGGUGAGCAAAAACAGUGAGUGCGAAGAAGAUAUCAAGAAGAUAGAAGAAGGUAUCAAGCCUAUGCGGUGUAAGAUCACGAGCAAAGAUGGCACCCAAGAGGCAAAAAAGUCCAUCAAGAAAAACAGUCAAGGAGAAUCUGACACCUUCACCUAUGGAAAAGCCUGAUCACCCUGAUGACAUCUACCCCAUCGUCCUGACAACAGCCACCCAGGAGCUCUUUGAAUGCUGCAUUGAUGAGGAUGUCACAGAGCAGAGCCCUUACAAGCUGCUGGAAAAGGACGACAUCAUACAGGAUAUUAAGACAAGAGCCGCAGUGUCCGAUUUCCACCCUGUGAAGCAGUUUGUGCUGGACUACCCAGAGGAUGAAAUAUUGCUUGUUUUUGAUGUAGAUUUCACCUAUGGACAGAGUUUUUACCUGGUUCUCACACCAGAAGCCAAGGCUAGAAUAUAUAAUGUUCUGCAGCCCCCACAACCUGAAAUAAUAGAGUUGGAGGAUGAUGUCAGUAAAACCCCAGAACCAAAGCCAUGGAUAUCUCUCGGCAGUGAGCUGGAAGUAGAUCAAGAGUCUGUCAAAGAGACCAGAGAAAAGCUGUGCUACAAGUUUGACUUAAAGCGCAGACCGGGGUUACCUGUCUGUUUUUCUGACCGCAACAGUACAGAGGCUGAGUGUCGCUCCGUGGCGUGUCCUUCCUACCAAGACAGCAGAUUCAGCAUCAAGCAGAUGCAGAGGGACUGCGGGAUGCAGGCUGUUCCCAAACUGCAGAGCAGCACUGCUCAGACGGAGCGGGCGGUUCAGAGGAAUGUGCUUACCCAGUAUGAACCAAGAGAGCUAAGAGAGAAAGAAAAAGAAAACAUCCUCAGGUCUGAGAAACUGAAGAAGUUUGUCAACUCAGUGACCCCCAGGGUCUUGCAUGCCCUUCAGCAGGCACACAUAAUGAAUGUGUUCACUGAUGACUUUAAGGCCUUGGGCAUAGGAGCAGAAGCUUCUGACCAGUUAGUGAUGGUUUCUGAAGGUCUGAAGCUUCAAUGGACCUUCACAGACGAGAAGCGCGCCAUGGGCAAGAAAAUCAGCAGCGUCAGCUGGCACCCUACAAUCCAUGGUCUGAUAGCUGUGACUUUUAUAAAGAAACAGGAGGAGCAGCUGGAUAAGUCCACUGUGUACAUCAACAGUCCUGCUUUCAUUGUCUUCUAUGGCUUCCCCGAUCAAUCUAACCCCCGGUUGCUCUUGGAGUGCCCAGAUGACAUUUUUGCCUUCGAGUUCUGCCCUUCGAAUCCAAAUGUUAUUGUUGGUGGCUGCAGGAAUGGCAAGGUGGUGUUGUGGGACAUUUCUUUUCACAUCCCGCACUUACAGGGAACACGGCCUAACAGUAAAAAAGCCUCAGACUCCGACUCUGACACGGACACAUUUGACUUGGGUAACAAAAAAGAGAACAAGACUCCUGUCAUGAGCUACUGUGCAGUUUCUUCCAUAGAAAGCAGCCACAAAUCCCCAGUUACUGAUGUCCAGUGGCUGCCGAAAACAUUUGAGGUGACCAGGACAGGCGUUCCAGUUCAAAACAUUUCUAACAUGUCUGUUCAAGUUGUCACCUGCUCCCCUGACUGCAGUGUAAUGUUUUGGGAUCUGCGAGUGCCAAAACUACAGAACCAGUUUCUGGCCGACAGGAAGCAAGAUGUGGAUCAGAAGACCAUGAUGACACCCUAUAGCAUCCCCACAACUUUCAAACACCUGGACCGGACAUGGAAACCACUCUUCAGGGUUUCCCUGCCAAAGAUUGAUACAAGUGGAGAGUAUGCUCCUUUGAAGUUCAGCCUAGAACAUUACACCUGUAAUAGUAAUACAGGUAGGAACACAGAUAAUGAAAAUGAUGGCGCAGAGGUCCUCCCAGAAUACGGUCAACUCAGAAUACCCUCAGCCAAGACGCUCAAGACCCUGGACGAUGUCAAUACCAAGUUUUAUGUUGGAACAGAGGAAGGAGAGAUUGUCUACACUGACUGGAAACUGGAGGAAGAUGAGUUUGGACGAAAGUUCAGUGCCAAGCCCCUGCUCUGUUUUAGAACUCAUGCCUGGUUUGUGAACACAAUGCAGCGAUCACCCUUUUUCAAAGACAUUCUUUUGACAACAGGAGGCUGGAACUUUGCCAUCUGGAAAGAGGGUGUGAUGGGUGGCCCAAUCUUCGUGGGACCAAGCUCUGAGCAAGAGUACAGUGCGGCAUGCUGGUCCCUCUCCCGAUCUGCGGUUUUCUUCAUUGGGAGAAAUGAUGGCAGUAUUGAGGUGUGGAACCUGCUCCUAAACACCAGCGAACCUACACACGUCCAUGAACACGUCGCCAGUACCAGAAUUACCUGCAUCAAACCCUGUAUCACCGCCUCCAAACAACACUACCUGGCUGUUGCUGACAACCUUGGAGUGCUACGUGUUUUCAAUGUGCCAAAGGCCCUCCGCUCCCCGGUUAAGAAUGAGGAUUUAAACAUGCAGAUCUUCUUUGACCAAGAGAAUGACAGGCUGAAGGAUUAUUUGGAGUGGGAAGAACUGUGGGCGAAACCGAGAAAGGAGGAAGGCGAGUCCAAGAAACAAGUGGAGCCUGACAAGCCAGUCACAUUCCAGGUAGACAGCGAGGAGGCGGACUUGAAGGAGUACAGUGAUUACCUGAAACUGGAGGAAAGCAUCCUCGAGCAUACGGGCCUGUAGCCACAUGCUCCAAAAGCCUAGGAUACCUAAUAUCACACCCCUUCACACACACAUGCACAUAAAUUAAAAGCUUUUUUUCUUACAUUUAUU